AUGAGAUGGAAGCCACACCACUUCUGCUCAGAGCCAAAAAUACAAUCCACCUCAUACCACGUGCAAAACUGGAGGAGGACUGCCCCAUCAGGAAUAGCGGCCACUGACUGCAGAGCGGCAAAGGUUGAAGAUGGGUGGACGUGUCUCAACAAAGCAGUAUUUAAAGAGUUGACAGAGUGGAGUUUGCCAAGAGUUGUGGGGUCCCAGCCCUUUGGAGGUCCCACUGAGCUCCACACUGAGGGGGACGGUGGAGUGAUGUCCGCGGGGGAGGUCACGGUGUUCCCCUUCGCCCCCUCGGGAUCUCAGGAGGACCACCAGCACCCCAGGACGCUGACCAGGCUCUACUGCAAGAACGGAGGGUACCACUUAAGGGUCACGGCGGACGGGCGGGUGAGCGGAGGCAGGCAGGACAACGACCCGUAUGAGAUCCUGAGGCUGAAGGCUGUGAGCAUGGGAGUGGUGGUGAUAAAGGGCGAGCACAGCGGCCACUACCUCGCCAUGGACGGGGAGGGAACGCUGUACGGAGCUAAAACGCUCAGCGACGAAUGCCAUUUCAUCGAGAAGUACGAGGAGAACCACUACAACACGUACCGCUCGCAGAAGUUUGGUUGGUACGUGGGGAUAAAGAAGAACGGACAGCCCAAACCGGGACAGGACACUCACUUGGGACAGAAGGCCGUGCUGUUCCUGCCCAGGCCAGUCUGA